AUGCCAGACUCGCCAUCUCCAACUGCGGAUACGGAUCAUACAGGGGCCACUCCCGACUGGCUGGAGUUACGAGCCGCUCGCUCGUAUCCAAACUGGAAAGAGGACGUGGGUCGCCCAGAGGACGAGAUUGAUCAUCGGCCUGCUGGAGGUCCCAGGCUCUCCUAUCUCUGGUGCGAGGAUAGCUUAACAGGACAGACACUUUAUCUCGGUGGCAACGUCGGUGUGGACGGCAAGCUUUACUUCAUCCCCGGGCAUGCGAAGCGUGUUAUGGUCUGCGAUCCGACGACGGAUCGCGUCACACUAACCGGUCCGAUCUUUCCCGGUAAGUUCAAGUGGUUGCGAGGUGUCAAUGUCGACGGUGGGAAGAUCUAUGGCCUGCCUUGUCAUGCUGACACUGUACUCUGCAUUGACGUUCCCAGCGGAAAGAUAACAACCAUACCCAUCCCGUAUGACGAUGUUUUUUCAGACCCGGUUCAGGCUAAGGAGGAGCGUCAGUGCAAAUGGAAGUAUCACGGUGGAACAAUUUGUCCCAUUGACAAGGCGAUCUAUUGCAUUCCACAGUCAGCACUGCACGUACUGAAGAUAGAUCCUGUUUCGGGAACUUGCCAGCUCGUUGGGCCGGAGCUUCCUGGCAAAUACAAGUGGUACGGUGGCGUUGUCGGCAAGCAUGAUCAGGCCAUUUAUGCUAUACCACAUAACUCCCCGCACGUUCUGCGGAUCUCACCAUCGGCAAUCACGCUACAUGGAGACUACGGCAGCGGUGGGCACAAGUGGCACGGUGCAUCACCUGCCCCAAACGGGGAUAUUGUCUCUGUCCCCGCGAAUGCCGACUCUGUCCUCGUCAUUCGUCCUGGGCUUGAGCCAGAGAUGUUCGAGAUUGGAGACACUCUCUGUGUGAAAAGUGGGAGGCACCGCACCGACCGGAAGUACAAGUUUCUUGGUGCCAUGACUGGUUCAGACGGCUUGGUCUACUGCUUCCCGAGUGGGAGUGAGCGCGUCUUGCAAGUCGACACGGAGACGUUACAUGUGCGAGAAGUUGGUCCCAAUCUUUUUGACAUGGAACGUAUCUGUCAAAACAAGUGGCAGAAUGGUUUGACACUUUUCGAGAAUGUCUAUGCUAUCCCGCUCGCAGGUGAAAGCCUACUUCGUAUUGAUUGCAGCCAAGACCCGCCUCUUGUGACAACUUGGCUCCUGCCCAGCCCACACAGAGUUCUCGACAAGUGGGAGGGAGGUAUCAUUGCACCAAAUGGAGUUAUAUACACUGUUCCAAAUAAUCACAAAGCAAUCCUCCGCAUUGAGGCGCCGAGGAGUGAAGUUUCUAAGGACGCAGGAUAUCCGGCAGUUUCCCAGACAUCCGGCGAGGUGGACAUACCUUACUUGUCGGGAAUUCCAACACUUCGCUCCAGUGCCCAUCGUGUCAAGCAUGCGCCUCGGAGUCGCAAGCAUGACCCGAGCCCAACACAUGGUGAUGAGAAGCAGCCCGGAACGGUAUUUUUGCCCCGAAGUCUUCUGAAAGAAGAGGUUUUUGCAUACGAUAGCAAUGUGUACAACAUGCACGAGGCCGUUGUCAAGUUGCUCCAGCAAUGUGAUGCAGAUAUUGUUGGCAGCUUCCGCUGUGAAUCAGAGCACAAGUUGGAGGACUUUUGCGUUCCUACAGACUCAACGUGGAGGUCGGUGAACGGUGGGAAAUGCGAGGACGCACAAAAGUAUCUGUCAGACCAGAUCGCCCGGAACGCGGCCUUCCUUGCUGAUUUUGACCGACUGGUCCUCGAAGUGGUUUUGCCUUACAUGAAGAAGCGUCUCGUCGCUGCUGGUGUGGCAGAUUCUCAUGUGCCCGUAAAGUUCUUCUACCAGACUGCGGUUCUUGCUAAGGAAGUGGAGCUGCUGCAGAAAGCUUUUCAAUCCCAGGCAUCCAUUCUGCAGCACGUCGAGGUCGCAAGGUUCAAGUCUCAGCUCAAGAUGGGGGCGUUACAGGCUGCGAAGCACGGGGAUCCCGAGGAUGCCAGGACUUCCCGGCCCUUCCCUCGCUCUCAGAGCUCUCCGAGCUCUGUGGCCUUGGCCACACUGCGGCGGCUUCCGCAGGCGGAGCAGCGAAGGCGGCUUUUGGAGCUCCUGCAGUCGGACCUCGGCCGUGAGGAAGAUGUGGAGGACGAGUCCUGGCGGAUGCCUGAACUAAAUGUGGAGGCUCGGACGGCCUCGGCAGACGGCAUGCGCUUCGAGACUCGGAUGUGCUGGAUACAACAGCUUGGUGAUGAGGAGUUGGAGCGGAUGUUGAAGACUUGUCGCUUGGUUUUCGCAUUGGAUGGUUCGUCGUGGAUGCCCUUUCACGAGACUCCACGCUGCUUUGCAGAGCGUCUUGCACUUGCCGUCUUUAGGCACCAUACCGCCGGAUGCAGGUUCGAUCCUGCUCGAUCGGGCGCAGAGUGGUGGGCUCAAGUUCGCCAGAGCGGCCAUCAUGAGGAGGGUAUACAGUUCCACUGGGACACAGACGAGGUUGCUGUGGAGCGCCACGAUGUAAAUGUGCAUCCACAUUUGAGCACAGUGACCUAUUUGUCAGAGUCCGGUGCGCCGACCUUGGUACUGGCCUGUCGCAAUUCACGACGUCCCAGUUUGACAUCGGCAUACGGUCCCAUACAUGAAGGUGCCCUUAGCUGGCCCAAACUUUGGAAGCACCUGGUUUUCGACGGACAGUUUCUUCACGGCACGGUCCCGUCGUUGGAGUACGGCAAAGAUGGUCCGCGAGUGACCUUUCUGGUGAAUAUCUGGCUGAACCACCGACCUAGCAACUGCCAUCGCCUCCCAAAGUCGCUGAGUAAACGCCUAGGCGAUGCUCCGAUGCCGCCAAACAUACUGACGGAAACGAUUCGGCCCCCGCUGUACGCCGGCCAGCAUUCCGACACCACCAAGUUCGAGACCGCGUUUGGUCGUAGGCAGCGGCUGGAUGACGAGCUGCACAAGCAGGAGGCAAGAAACAGCGAAACGGAAAGAUGUGCGCAUGAAACUGCGGCAAUGCGCAUCGAGGAGCUCAUGACGAAGCAGGCGGAUCUCAUUCUCGAGCGGCAACGACUUCUCGGCGCCCUAGAGGAGUCACGCCGCGCCGUCCAGAAAAGCCUCGGUGUGCCCAACCCUGCGGCGGCGGUUGACAGCGCCAGAGUGGCUGGACUAGAACAGCAGCUGACGCUGGAGCGGAAGCGAUUGGUGGAGCAGGCCGUGGCUCUGCAACAAGCGGGGCGGCGAGUCGCACAGCUUGAAUCGACGCAGCAACCAGGAGACGACGCAAGGCAGCGAGCCGGACAGAUACAACGAGAUCUGACUCAGGAGCUUCAGUCCAGCAACGCCCGGCGCGUUGAAGCGGAACUGCGCUUGCAUCAGGCGGAAGAGUCUGCCGCGAUGGCUGGUGAAGACCUGUGUGCCACGAAGAUUGACAUGAUCCGAUUGCGUGCAGCCUUGGAUGAACACCGACGGCUGCAGCAGUCGUGCCCUCAGCUUGCCCCGAGCGGCCUUGCCUGUAUCUUGGAGUGCUUAUUAGACGGAAACUACUCGAAGAGGCGUGUACCCACAUGUGAGUACUCCUGCCUUGCUUCCAGGUCGCAGUUUUUCAAUCUAAGCCGCGGCAACGGCUACCGCACUUGA